UUUUGGGCCCCACCUAUCUCCCCCAGUUUCUCUCCUCGAAUCACCCGCUCCUCUCUAUCUCUCUUUCUCUCUCACUGCACUGGUUGUGGAGAGAGAAACAAACCCUAGCUCCUCACCUGCUUUCACCAGAAACAGCGUUUGUUUCUGAUUGGCAACCCAGAAAAUCGCUGAGGAUAAUAAUGGGGGAAAUGAGACUUAAUUCUCCAUUUCCCCUUUCUCUUUUCCGAGAAUCCUUGAACCCCAGAUGAGUUUUCCCCCAAUUCUUUUUUCAUUCAAUCGGACUGGGCAUAACUUUUUUUUUUCUUUUUUUUUUUUUUGGUUCAAUUUGUUCUAUUUUUUGUGCUAUAAACCCAGGAAGAUUAUGAUAGAUACAGCAGAAACAAUAUGAAGCAAAUCCAAUCUCAAUUUCCCCCGAUUUCCAUGGAGAGAUCUGAAACCCCUAGAAUUUUCUCUCCAUUUCUGUCCCCUUCUUUCAGAAUUUCCAUGAACAAUAACAACUCUGUGUUCUCAUCCCCAUUUGUCAUUUCUUUCCUUCUGCUGCUAUCUCUUCCUCUCCUCUUUCUCUUUGCUCCUCGAAUUCUCCCUCCUCGCCAGCUCCCCAUCUCCCUGGCCGACGAGCUCGACGACCUCGCGCUCUUCCGCCGCGCGUCCUCCGCCCGCUCGUCCUCGCAUCCAUCGUCAAUCGCUCAUUUGGGCUCCGCAAAGCCUAAGAUUGCGUUUCUUUUUCUCACCAAUUCGGACCUAUAUUUUGCUCCCUUGUGGGAACGUUUCUUCGAGGGAAACCAACAUCUGUACAAUAUCUAUGUGCACGCCGAUCCCUCGGCGAAGCUCAGCCCUUUCACCGGAGUCUUCACAAACCGAUCCAUCGCCGCUAAGAAGACUCAGCGCGCGUCGCCGACUCUAAUUGCGGCGGCGCGGCGGCUCCUCGCGACGGCGAUCCUCGACGACCCCUCCAAUAUGUUCUUUGCUCUCGUAUCUCAGUACUGCAUACCUCUGCAUUCCUUCAGAUUUGUGUAUCGUACGCUCUUCUCUUCGCCGCCGAUGGAUUUGCCCAACACAGACGCCGAGUUGGCUCGACGGGUGCGGGGGAGGUACCCGAGUUACAUCGAGAUUUUGUCGAAAGAACCCUCUCUUUGGAAUCGUUACAUUGCCAGAGGCAGAAAUGCAAUGUUGCCGGAGGUACCCUUUUCGCAGUUCCGAGUUGGGUCGCAGUUCUUCGUACUCCAUCGCCGGCACGCGCUGACUGUGAUUAGGGAUCGCCGGCUAUGGAGGAAAUUUCGAUUACCUUGUUACAGUAGCGACUCGUGUUACCCAGAAGAACACUACUUCCCAACUCUAUUAUCAAUGGAGGAUCCAAAUGGUUGCACUCAUUAUACUCUGACUCGGGUUAAUUGGACCGGCACUACCAAUGGGCACCCCCAUACUUAUCGGCCGGCAGAAGUGUCGGCGCAGCUAAUAUAUGAUCUUAGGAAAUCAAAUUCCACCUAUUCUUACUUGUUCGCACGCAAAUUCUUGCCGGAUUGUUUGGAGCCGCUGGUGGGUAUUGCAGAUACCGUCAUUUUCCGUCAUUGAAGUAUGUUCCUGCUGAAAAAGAGGACCAUGGAAAUUUUUGGGGCAGCUAGGAGAUGUGGGAGAUAUGUUGGAACAAGAAAAGGGAAUAAGGUUUUGAAAGAGGCAUAAAAUGCCCAUGACCGAAGAACCCAAGAGCUUCCAACUCGGGACGCGAAAGGGAUCAAGAAGAGAGUUGAAUAAUGUUAUAUAGAACAAAAGAAAAAAGAAAAAAGGAGGGUGUUAUAUAUUGUGGAGGUGUAAUUUAGUGGGUGUAAGAGUAGGUCAAGCACUGCAGCAGCAAGCAUUAGUAUUUAGCAGCAGCAGCAGUAGUUGUUUGGGUUUGUUCCCUUUUGGCUGUUGUUUCUGUACAUAUGAAUGGGGAAGAUGAAUCUUCAAUGUUCUUGUUAAAACGAGCUGGCACAAAUAGAGAAUCAAGUAGCGGAGGUAAAUAUGGCCUUUGCUUUCUCUGUACUCUCUCUCUGAAUCUCCUUGGAGAAAUAUAUAGGACAUGAUUUCUUUUCUGUUCUUGAAAUAUUUGUUGCACCUUUUGUGAGGUGAUUUGUUACUAUAAAUUGUGUGGCUGAUGGGUUUUGUGGUACCCAACACAAUACAUUUGAAAAAAGAAAGGGAAACAGGUCUUAUUAUUAUAAA